AUGAUCAAACUAAAGUAGAGAUAUAUUAACACUUAGAUUUUAUUUUUAAACUAAUUGUUACAAUUAGUUGGACAUUAUUUACAAUAACAGGAAAACUUUUGGGUAAAACUCAAACUGCUGGUUAUAAUUCAUAUCAUUAUAAGUUCUUAAGUAGCAAGAUCAGAUUUUUCAAGAAUGAUCAUUAAUACCAAAUUAAAUAUUAACAUCUAAGCAAAUAAUGAAACAGAUAAUUUGAUUGCUCAAUUAUGUUAAUCAUAUUAUUGUUAUAUUUACAAGCUGGCAUCAUAAACAACUUUACUUAAUGAAGAUUUUGGUAAGCCUUAGGAUGAUUUAAUGAUUUAUUUCGCUCUAUCCAAUUAAUGCUAUAUUGGUAUCAAUAUGCAAAGAUUGCUUGAAACAAUUAUUAAUCAAUAAGUACCAAAUGAUAUAAUUGCUCAAUUAGUUAAGUUUACUUACUUUGAUAUUUAGGAUAUCUAUAUUUUCAUCUUGAAAGAUGUAAAGUAUUUGAUCGAAAAGAAUCCAAAUCUUAUUAGUAACAAAUAACAAUUAUUAGAACUUUAUAAAGAAGUAAAAAUAAAUAUUUAUAAAUAGUGUUAAUCUUUACAAGCAAAAAUGCUAAUCUUUUAUAAAUUCAAUCGCAUUUUUCCUCAUUUUAAUUAAAUAAUGCCUCCUCACUCAAUCUAGAUCAAAUAUUCAGUCUUAAACUCUGUUAUAGAAGAUAAAAAGAUUCAAGCAGUUCCAAGAUCAAAUCCACAUGAAAUUAGGGAACCUCUUUCUGUAAAAAAUUCACAAGCAAAAUUUCAUGAUUAUCCAAGGCCUUUCUCACCGAAAUAAAAAUAAUGA